AUGAUUCCUCAAAUUACCCUCUUCCCUUUACUCCUCUGCCUAGUCAAGGGCGAUGUGAUACCCUCGGGCUAUUCAUUACCUAAUGAAGAUGGUGGUGGAUCAUAUCCUCCUCAAUCAUCUUCUACUUCUCAACUUUACUCAAGUUAUUCUACGACUCAAGUAUAUUCUCCUCCCACAUCGUCAUCAUCAUGUGAUUGUCAUCACACAACCGCUUCUACCUCUACAUCAUCGACCUCAAGUGGAGCACCAUUGAUUGCGACUUGUCUAACACCAUCUGGAUCAUCCUCUUCAUCAUGUACAAUUCAACCUACCACCACAAGUUCGAUCUGUACCGAAUCAUCCUAUCCUCCUCAAAUCUCCUUCUCUACAUCGACAUCUACCGAGACUGAUAUAGUCACUCCCACUUCAUACGUUACUGUGACUAGUAUAAUCACAUCUACCAACUCUAUUCCAACCACCUCCGCGGAAAGUUCCGGACAUGGUUAUGCGAUUGAUCCCACACCAUGGUCAACUGAUUCUACCACAGCUGACACUCCCACCUUAAAUGGUAUUUCAGAAUCAUCCAGUACUGAAUCAUCUAGUACUCCUACUUCUACCGAGUCAUCAUCGACAUCAUCCCAGGCCGAUGGUGGUGGUGAAAAACCAACAUCAGGUAUAUCAUGGUCUGGUUCAAAAGCCGUUUGGUGGAUGUUUGGUUUUUACCCUGGUUAUUUCGAGAAGGUCUUUGAUGUGGUUAGACAUGAACCUGGUGAUGGUGAACAAAAGGAACAAUGGGGUGAACCUACUGAAACGAUCAGAUGCACGGCCAGUGUGACUGCUUCACCCACCGAGGUAUACAGCAUGACGGUCGAUCGGACUUCCCAACCCACUUCGACGGACGGUCCUGCUUUCUUUAGCUGUACUUCCCUCAGUGCGGCUCGGGCGACUCAGUUGAAAAGGCAUGAGUUGGAUAAUCUUCGAGAGGAAGAAAUAGAUGAACCAUUAGGAAUAAUCGGUGUUAAUGUACCCAUACCCGACUGA